AUGAACGAGAGUAGAAAAUGGGGUGAAAAAGUCAUAAAUUACGUUAUGAGACAAGCAAAUGAAAUAUAUUACGGCUCACAAGCACAAAACUUAGUUGGUAGAUUUUUUAAUGCUCAGCGCUUUGCUUCUUGCUUGCUUUUAAGGAUGUUGCUUUUGUUCUGUUUUAUGUCACUUGAAUGUUACAGUUUUACCAACGACAAAAAGGCGAGCAAACAUUUUGUGAAUUUGUCUUUUUCGAUGACAGCUGAUAGGCACUUUGAAUCAACCCCUUGUCAAACUGCCAACCCAAAAAUGAUAUAUAGAAUAUGCAACGACAUAAAAGACGGAAAAGGCGACAAAAGGGAAAUUAAACAAUCACAUCUGAUUCAACAACUCUUUGGUGUCGCGAUCAGACUGCAAAAACCUCAAAAUCUAGUUAAUUCAUUGAUUGACAGUCCCUUUUCUCCAUGUCACAGUUGCCUGUCGUCAUGUCAUGACAAAACGACAGCUUUACGUCGACCUACUUUACAUUGGAAGUUUUCUUAUUCUUUUGCUGUUGCUGAGUAUUUAUUUUUCACCGCCGCGUCCACACAUGAAGUAUUUUUCUUUCCGCACAUCACAGCGCAUAAAUAUUUUCUAAAGCGAAGGAAAAAUGCCGAGCAAAAGAGCUCGAAAAAUGUUAAAUCGAAAACAAGAUCGUGA